GAAACCUAGCUCUAUUGAGAUGGGACUCAACAUUCCGUCUCAAUGUGAUAUCGUCCAAGAUUCAAGAGACAAUUCAUACUCUUAGAGAGUACACCGACUACAGAAUUUGUUUAUCUUACAUAUGCAAUUUUUCCUUUUCCAAUGGGCAUUUUCUGGUCUAUAAAUCCUGCGGUUAGUACCCACAGAAUUGUCUUCUCCUCUGCCAUCUUAUCCUCGUCUCUCUGUCAGACUUUGAGACUCUCCACUUUCCUUCUCUCUCCUUAUAAUUAGAGCCUCAGAUUCCAGUUCCUCAUUCAACGAGAUCUAUCUUCCUCUUUGAAACUCCUUCCUUGAUCAUCAUCUUCCUUCUAUUUGCUCCAAAUGUUUAUAUUUUGAUGCUUUACAUCAUCUUUAUCUUUCAUGAUCUUUGAGACCCAUGUCUCCUGUACUCUGUGAAAUCCUCCUUUCUGGGUUUAUGAUAAACUCCACUCUCAGGCGCAGGACCCAUCUUGUUCAAUCGUUCUCUGUUGUCUUCCUCUACUGGUUCUACGUCUUCUCCUGAACUCUCAGCCUCAACCCCCUUCUUAAUCCACUUCAAUUCAAAUAAACUGUUUCUAUUUUCAAUUUCCUUUUCAGGCUUAGUAUUAUUAGUUUUGUUAUAUUUUUAUGGUCUCUUCUAGUGGGGCAUCUUCAGGAUCCAUCAUACAGAGAAAACCAAGCUCUGAGGAGGAUCUGCAGCAGAUCAUGGAUCAAAGAAAACGUAAAAGAAUGCUAUCCAAUAGGGAAGCAGCGCGUAGAUCCCGGAUGAAGAAGCAGAAGCGCUUGGAUGAUCUCAUGUCUCAACUGGAUCAGCUCGAGAAAGAAAACAAUGAGAUCUUUAAUAAUAUCUGCAUCACCUCUCAACUCUUGUUGAACGUGGAAGCUAAGAAUUCAAUCCUCAUAGCUCAGGUGGAUGAGCUCAGCCACAGAUUAGAGUCUCUCAAUGAGAUCGUCAAUUACGUGAAUUUCAGCAAUGGCCUAAUUAUCAAAGACGAAUAUGACGAUCAGAUGAUCAUUGACGAUUAUGUCGUGAAUCCAUGGAUCAACUCUUUCCAUGUGAAUCAACCCAUCAUGGACAUGGCCCUGUUCUGAUUCUUCUCUCUUUUUAAUUAAUGUGUGGAUUCUCUGCUUGUUGGGUGGUGUUAUUAAAUAAAUUUUAAGGUUGUUGAAGGUGUCCAA